CAAGAACGGUUGUACCUCUAUACGGAAGUAGGUUAUUCCACCAGACAAUGCUUAGGCAUCGGCACCGAUAAAAAUACAUUUUCCUCCUUUCUAUUUUGCUACCUUGUUCACACUUCAGGCACUGUUGGGUCAUUAAUGCAGAGGUUGACCAUGAUGAUGUUCGGUCAGUUCGUGCUGUUGGUUCUGAUCGGCGGAGCCAUGUCUGCGGAGGUCCAACGUCCCCGCGGUGUCCCCUUGUCAAAACGCCAGUUUUAUGAAGAGGACAAACCUUUUACAUGUCUGGAUGGAUCCCGAACUAUUCCCUUUGACAGAGUAAAUGACGACUACUGUGACUGUGUGGAUGGUUCUGAUGAGCCAGGUACUGCUGCUUGCCCCAAUGGCAACUUCCACUGUACUAAUGCAGGUUUUAGACCAGCCUUCAUCCCUUCCUCCCGCGUCAAUGAUGGAAUAUGUGAUUGCUGUGACACUACUGAUGAGUACAACAGUGGUGUUGACUGUCAAAACACCUGCAGGGAGUUGGGUCGCAAAGAGAAGGAAGAACUGCAGAAGAUAGCAGAAAUCGCAAAAGAAGGCUUUAUGUUUAAAAAACAGCUUAUCCAGGAGGCCAAACAGGGACUAGAGGACAAGAAGAGUAAACUUGGAGAUAUACAGAACAGUAAGAAAGACCUGGAAGCAAAGGUUGAAGCACUGAGAACAGUUAAGGAGACUGCAGAGCAACCAGAGAAAGAAGCGAAAGAGCGCCAUCUGAAGGCUUGGGAAGAUCAAAAAGCUGUCAUUCGUAUGGAGAAAGACAUGGCUAGGAUGGCCGACGUAUUUCUUGAACUGGAUGAUGAUGACGAUGGCUUUGUGUCAGUGGUUGAACUUCAGUCUCAUUCUGAGCUUGAUCCAGAUUCUGAUGCAUUAUUCACAGAAGCAGAAGCUCAGGUUUUGUUAGGUGGUGUGGACAAAGUGGACACAGGAGCAUUUGAGACUGUCUGGAAUAAUAUUAAAGAAAAAUAUGUUUCUGAGUCCACUGCAGACGUCCCUCCACCCGGGGAAACCACACAAGAGGAAACCCGAGACACAUCCUCUGACAAUGACUCUGAAAACUACCCUGAUGAGGACAUCCCAGAGGAAGACGACGAUGAUGAAGAUAUGGAUGAAGACGAUGAAGAUAUGGAUGAAGGAGAUUAUAAGCCCCCUCCAACGUCGCGAACCGAUGACAAGAAGGAGGAUGAUGAAGAGGGCGCUAUGCCACCCUACGACCAAGAAACACAGACUCUCAUUGAUGCUGCUCAGAAAGCCAGGGAUGAGUUCAAUGAGGCAGAAAAGGCUCUGCGGGAGGUGGAAGAUCAGAUCAGAAACCUUGAGAAGGAAAUCUCUUUUGACUUUGGACCCAGUUCUGAGUUUGCUUACCUCUACAGCCAGUGUUAUGAACUGACCACUGGCGAGUAUGUCUACAGACUUUGUCCCUUUAACAGAGUGUCGCAGAAACCCAAAUUUGGUGGAUCAGAGACUAAUUUAGGAACAUGGGGUAAAUGGGCAGGUCCUGAGGAUAACAUCUACUCUGCGAUGAAGUACGAACAUGGAACUGGGUGUUGGCAAGGCCCCAACAGAUCCACCACUGUUAAGUUAACAUGUGGAAAGGAAACUGUUGUGACAUCGACAUCAGAGCCGAGUCGAUGUGAAUAUCUCAUGGAGUUCACCAGCCCUGCUAUCUGCCAGGACCCCACAAGCUCUGAUUCAGGACAUCCUGACCAUGAGGAGCUCUAG